AUGUUAGACAACCGCUCCACGUUAUUUAACGUAGCAGUAACUUUGAUUAUACUUCUCUUAAGUUCACUGGUACGUUCAAAUACAUCCAAAUGUUCUUCUGGUUGUAUUACAGACUGUUUGACUGAUUACACAUGCACAGGGUGUAGUGAUGGUUAUGACAAUGAUACGUCGUGUUUGCAUUGUACUCUCUAUGAUGUAUUUGAACCUAUUGGAGAUGCAAACCCACUCUAUGUUAAAGAAGACGGCGUUUGUGUGAAACCAAAGAACUACAUCACUAAAGUCGAUUAUCUCCCAGACAGUGGAAUUAUACACUUGGAACCAUACAAACAUGUCACUGUCGAAUUCACAUCAGAGACACCUUACGAUCGAGGACCCUGUGUUAUCCGUGGAGAUACACAACGAAACUACAGAAGAGGAUUUUGGUUUGAAGCAGACAAAGACGCCUACAAUGGUACUUAUGACAAAAUUAGAAUGACCGUUUUAACCACGUCUGGCGCACUACAGACGAUUUAUAUCCAUUGCUCUGACACUCCAAAAGAAGAUUCAAAUGUUAACUGCUACGCUCAACAAGUCGUUUCCCCCAAUUCAGAGAGCAAUUUCCUUCAGAUCCCCAUCGAGAGAGACUCUGAUAAUAGAAAGUAUUACUUCUGGGUCUUUAUUGAGGAAUUUAAAGACACGACCCUUGACAUCUCACUUGAUCCAGUAAUGGUAGAAAAGGAUUUGGAGACGUUCAAAUUGGACCAGCAAAAAUUCGACACUCUAAUUAGUACAAAUACACCACUUCGCGUCGUCUUUAAUAACAGAGAAGAGGGUAAGAACAUAUUUCCAGUGUGUGCACCGACCUUCCAAUUAAGAAGCAUUUUCUUCAAUGUUGAGUUCGCUUCGAAUUACUCCCUUGUGAUUUCCACAUUAGAGGAAAACAGACUGAGAUACCUUCAAGAAUAUGGCACAGAUAACAAUGGGAGUUACUGGUGUAUCAGUCUCUGGGAAGGAAAGCGGUUUGGCGCGUUAAUUAAAGAGGGGAAUGAAAAUGGACUUGUUGUGCGACUCUCAGGGACGGAGCAGACCUCCAGUCGGUUUUUCUGUCUGAUGAGCCAAGAACAAGACUUGGAUAUUCCAGUCUCGUUUUAUGCGAUUUGCCCGAACCACUGCAACGAAGCGAAUGGACAGGGCUACUGCUCGAAAGAAGAGCUCAAAUGUUUGUGCAAAGAAUCGUAUGGUGGACCUGACUGUCGCAAGUUGUGUUAUUAUAAUGGUGCAUUUACUAUUGAUUCGACAAACAAGUGUAUGAUAGGGACAAUUGGGUGUGACUAUGACUGUUUGUGCACCGCGGGAUAUAGUGUGCGCAACCAUUUGUGUGUAUCUGACACGUGCCUCUCUGGGAAUAAACUUGAUAUAGAACAGUGUCUGAGAGGAAGUGAGGGGUGUGGAGUCAAUUGUUAUUGUGCGAGUGGGUACAAAUCCAAGAACGGCUAUUGCAUCUUGGAGACGUGUGGUAAUGGCAAAAGAGAUGGAGGGGAAGAGUGCGACAAUUCGACGAAUUGCAAUUUCCGAUGCAAGUGUGAUGAGGGAUACAUCUGGAGCGACAAGACACAGAAAUGCGACACCACCUCUUUUCCAGUGUAUGGGUGGAUCCUUAUUGCAUUUGGGUGUUUCCUCUUUGUCAUUGCCUGUGUGGUGAUUAUAUUGGUGUUAGUACUUAAAGUGAACAAAAGAAUUGAUAUGAAUGUUGUGAAACUCCAACAGCCAGAAUACUAUUAUAAUAUUUUGGGCUCAAUAUCACAGAAGCCGUCGAAAGAGUCCAAGUUUCUUAUCAGCCCCACAGAAUUGGGCUUUGGAAAUGAUAAUCACGUCACGGAAGUGUUUGAUACACGAUAUGAAAAAAUAACAUUGAGGAAUUACUCCAAGAACAAAUACAUGAUGGUCAUCUUCCACACGCCGAACAACCCGAAAUACGUCUUCCACUUUGAUAAACAAGUAGAGAUCAUGUAUCCGAAUUUUGAGAAGGAAACUGUUUGCUUUAUGACGUUGCACUGCACUUCUCGAAUUCGAGACAUGAAGAUCAAUUACACUGUCUGGUUUUCUAAGAACAAAUCCACGUUACUACAAAUAGCGGAGCUUCUGAAGGACAAGAACUUUGAGAGCUGGAGUCCGUCCGAUCAAUCCGAGUAUCAGAAAUUGAUCAAAAAUGUCAUCCACAGGUAUCACAAUAAUAUCACCAUCAUCACUGAGGCUGCAAGCUCGACGCAUCUGGAUAUGGACGAGUUAAAUGUGAGAGAAAAUCCAAUAGCAGAAGGUGCGAUGGGUAAGGUGUUUGUGGGGAGCUAUCGAAGUCUUCCCGUAGCGAUUAAACGGUUUAGAUGGGAAGACUUGGACACGAACGAGAUGGAGGACUUGAAGAAGAGUGUGAUUCAAGAAUGCCUGAUCAUGAAAAAGUUGCGUAAUCCGUUUGUGGCCAAUUACAUUGGGUCUGUCACAUACAUUCCACAGGUCUCAAUGGUCAUCCAAUUUUUCGUCUUGGGAUCACUUGGAGAGUACUUACUCAAGUCGAAACCCGACUACAUCAAGCUUCCAUAUAAACUGAAAUUGAAAAUGCUGUUUGACGCCUCCCGUGGGAUGCAGUUUCUCCACGACAACAAGAUCAUGCAUUUGGACUUGAAGCCGGACAAUUUAUUGGUGAACUCGCUGUUUGCAGAGAGCGCUUGCUGUGUCAAAAUUACGGACUUUGGGACCUCACGAUUCAUGAAGAAGAACACGAAGGACAAAGAAAGAGGACUUGGCACACCACUCUACUUGGCGCCCGAGUGUUUUGAUGAUGAAUACUCGAAUGAGAGCGACGUGUACUCUUUUGGUAUUAUGGCCUGGGAAGUCUUUUACCAAGAAGAGCCGUACAACAAUUUGAAGAGCUUGUUUGACAUCAAGAAUUACGUGAAAGAAGGGAAGCGACUCUUCAUUGACGAGAAGAUGCCACUUACAUUGAAAAACACGAUAGAGAAGUGUUGGAAGCAAAGCAAGACUGAAAGAGGAGACUUUGAGAAUGUCAGCAAAAAUUUUGUGAAGAUGAUAGACGAAGCGGAUAACUGGGGAGAACUUGAUAACGGUGUGAAUUACGAAGAAAUCAAAAAUGUCAUUGAACGAAGGAACAAGCGACUUGAACAAUUGUUGGAAGACGACGGUGUUGACGAGAAGUGA